AUGAGCUCGUCCAUUGAGCCUCAUGACGUUCGCGUCGACCAUGAUGCAGCCGCCGAGACUCGAAAGCAGGCGCAUGCCACAGUGGAUCGUGCAAACGUUGAUAACCUGCGAGAUGAUCCAGAAGCAAGGGCGGCCUUUCUAUCGACAUUUUCGGCAGACGAGGAGCGUGCCGUCUUAAACAAGAUCGAUAAGAGGUUCUUAAUCAUCAUCGGCCUGAUGUACAUGAUCAAACAAAUUGAUCAAACCAAUGCGGCAAAUGUUCGAGUCCUUCAGGUCGGAGAAUCGCGGAACAUAAUGAAGGAACUUAACAUGACUUCUGACCAGUACAACUGGGUCGGGUCUAUUUACGGGGUAGCACGUUUGAAGAUUUCGUAUAUCAUUUUCGAAGCGCCCAGUAAUCUCUUGUUAAAGCGAAUGAGCCCCCAUCUGUGGCAGUCUCGAAUCUUUCUCACGUGGGGAAUCAUCACUGCCUGUCAUGCGGCUGCACAAAACCGGCACCAGCUCUACGCCAUGCGUUUCUUACUUGGGAUGUUUGAGGCGGGUAUGUUUCCGGGCGUAAUGGCGCAGCUAUCGAGCUGGUAUCGUACCGACGAGAUCGGCAAACCGGUGACCUGGUUCUUUGCAACGUCCAACCUUGCCGGAAUUGUUGGUUCUUUGCUCUGCUAUGGCAUCAGUUAUAUGAACGGCAUCAAAGACCUCAGUGCUUGGAGAUGGGUCUAUCUUCUAGAAGGGCUGGCCACCAUUGUUUUUUCCGGAGCCGUCUUUUGGUUUUUACCAGAUUACCCAAAAUCUCCUCGAAGCGACCGCUGGUUCACCAAACGCGAACAGGAGUUUAUCGAGGCACGACUACCGGAAAAUGCACCGCUUACCAACGACCCAAAUUUUUCAAAGAAAGAAAUAUUGGCCGUCCUGAAAACCCCUCUCAUUUGGUCUUUCAUGAUAUCUCAGACUUUGAUCAAUAUCGGCGGAUAUGCGCUAACGUGGUAUCUGCCAACGAUCGUCACUAAUCUGGGAUUUGUUGGCCUGCCGAAGAAUCAAUUGCUUAACAUUCCACCUGCUGCAGCAGCCAUUUUGGGUCUUAUUUUCUCCGCAUGGUUUAUUUCAAAGGCUUACAUUGUUCGGCCAGCAUACAUUAUGAUCAUCAUGUCUGGGAUGGUCAUAUGCUUCGUCCUCUUUUUUACAAUUUCCGAUCGCUACGGGAUCUACGUCAGUUGCAUUCUCGGUACACUGUUUUACCAGUCAUAUUUCAUUCCCUUUUGGGCUUGGAGAUCCGCCACUCUCUCUGGCUCAACAGGUACAGCCUUCACCCUUGGGCUGCAGUCGGGUAUUGCGCAACUUGGCGGCGUUAUUGGUCCGCAGUUGUUCCAGUCCAAGUUUGCAUACAAUGGCUACAAGACUAGUUUUGCUAUUGCUGCCGCAACAACGAUUGCUUCUUUUGUAGGCAAUUUGUGGACGUGGUGGCUUACCCGGAAUACGGAAUACGAUGUGAUGAGAGUGAGGAGAAAGAUUUUGCGCGCAAGAAAAAUCGGAAAAGUGAAUUUUGAUGAUGAUAUUCGGGUCUUUGAGGAACGACGUUUUUAUAACGGUGUUAAGAGGAACGGGAGAGAUGACAGUGAGGAAAGCUCACAAGCUUGA